AUGCGCCUGAUCAAGAAUACGAUCGAGCACAAUGGCUCAGGAACAGUCACUCUAUGCCCCGAAGAGCCUGAAGAUAUGUGGCACGCAUAUAACCUGAUCCGCCCCGGUGAUCUGCUCCGCGCCAGCGCAAUCCGACGCGUCACAACAGUCCAAGAUACUGGCUCUACAUCCUCUGCCCGAGUACAUUUGACACUAUUGAUCAAAGUCAAAAGCCUCGACUUCGACCCGCAAAGCUCGCAGCUGCACGUAUCCGGUCAGAUCACAAACGAGACUGCGCAUACUAAAAUUGGACAAUUCCACACUCUCGACCUAGAAAUGAACCGUAACUUCACGCUAGAGAAGGAGGUCGGCGCUGAUGGGGAGGGCGUUGGGUGGGAUAGUGUUGCGGUGGAGCAGCUAAAGGAUGCAGUCGAUGAGGGCGGGAAACGGCGUGCGGAGGCCGUGGCUGUUGUGAUGCAGGAGGGGCUGGCACAUAUUUGCUUUAUCGGGCAAUUCCAGACGAUAUUGAAGCAGAAAGUGGAGAUGUCCGUGCCGAGGAAGAGGCAGGGUGGUGGAGAUCAUGAUAAGGGUAUGGGCAAGUUCUUCCGUGUAACGCUGGAGACACUUUUGCGUCAGAUGGACUUCAACACCAGCCUUACGUCCGGUGCAAACAAUGAAGUUGUGAGGCCCGUUCUACUUGCAUCUCCUGGGUUUGUUGCCACGGGAUUCCACAAGUACAUUCAGUCUGAAGCAUCUACGACAACACCUGGUCUCAAGCGGCUACUGCCUAGCAUCGUGGUCGUGCACUCGGCUUCAGGCUAUCUCAACUCAUUAUCAGAGGUCCUGCAAUCGCCCGCUGUCAAGACUCUCCUCGCAGAUACCAAAUACGCGCGGGAAACGAAACUCAUGGACGACUUCCUGGACCAACUACGCAAGGAGACGAACAAGGCUACCUACGGUCCUCGUGAGGUGGAAUCAGCCGUCGACCAAGGAGCCGUCGGCCGUGGUGGCGGUGUUUUGAUCAUGUCAAACAGACUAUUCCGGUCGCAAGACGUCGCCGAGCGUAAGCGAUGGGUCUCUUUGGUAGACCGCGUUCGGGAUGUUGAGGGCGGCGAGGUACGGGUUCUUAGCUCGGACCACGAGAGCGGAAAGCGCCUCGAGGGACUUGGAGGUAUUGCGGCGCUUUUGACGUUCCCUGUUGUCGAGGAAGAUUUGGAUUCGGAGGACGAUUCGGACGAUUCGGCCCAUGCUGAUUGA